CCAGCAGCGUCGCCUCCUCCCAGCUGCUCCCACACUUUACCAGCAGCGGCUCUCCGCUCCCUCUGACAUAUUUCUCCGUGUUUCGGUAGAGAAAGCAGCAGACAUGGCGAGAACCAAGCAGACCGCCCGUAAAUCUACCGGAGGCAAAGCUCCCAGGAAGCAGCUGGCCACCAAGGCGGCCCGGAAGAGCGCCCCGGCUACCGGCGGCGUCAAGAAGCCUCACCGCUACAGGCCCGGUACCGUGGCUCUGCGGGAGAUCCGUCGCUACCAGAAGUCCACGGAGCUGCUGAUCCGCAAGCUGCCCUUCCAGCGCCUGGUCCGAGAGAUCGCUCAGGACUUCAAGACCGACCUGCGCUUCCAGAGCUCCGCCGUCAUGGCUCUGCAGGAGGCCAGCGAGGCCUACCUGGUGGGUCUGUUCGAGGACACCAACCUGUGCGCCAUCCACGCCAAGAGGGUCACCAUCAUGCCCAAAGACAUCCAGCUGGCCCGCCGCAUCCGUGGAGAGAGAGCUUAAG